CAGGACAAGAUCCCCAGCAGACAGAGGACAGUCAGAAUCAUCGUGCAGCAGUCUGGACCUGACAAUGACUGGGAUGUUUGGGAAGGUAAAGCCAUGUGCAGAGUGCAACCUGGUUCUGCUCGGAGCGAUGGGCUGUGGAAAAUCAGCUCUCACUGUCAAGUUUCUCACAAAGCGCUUCAUCAGUGAAUAUGAUCCUUAUCUUGAGGAUAUCUAUUCAUCAGAUGAGCUUGUGGACCAGCAGCCUGUUACAGUUCGAGUGAUGGACACCUGUGACCAGGAGGGUCCAGUGAAUUGUGAGCGCUAUCUUUCAUGGGCCAAUGCCUUCCUGGUGGUCUACAGCAUCAACGACAUGGAGAGCUUUAAAGGCUGCCAGCUGUAUCUGCAGACUCUCUCCAUCCAUAAGAACACCUUCAGGUCCCAGACUCCCAUCAUCUUGGUGGGCAACAAGCUGGACAUGGACAGAUACAGGCAUGUGAGUCAGGGUGAUGGUGAGGCUGUGGCGAUACGCUUCGACUGCUCCUUCUUCGAGGUGUCCGCCUGUUGGGACUUCCUGUCUGUGCAGCACAUCUUCCAUGAGGCAGUCCGGAGGGCUAAGCGAGGUGGCGAGCGCAGUAACUUGCUCAGUGCAGCCUAUGUCAGCGAGGACAAAGCUCUGCUGGGUGUCCACUCCUUCUCAACUCUAUGCUACAAAGAGCUGCCGGCACCUGCCACCGCCAAGCUGGUCACGGUGAAGACAUCCAGAGCUCAGAGCAAACGGAGGGCCGCCACACUCACCCUGCUCAAGGGCUUUAAGAUCUUCUGACACGUCUGCCAUCCAACUGUGACUUUAGAUGACUUUCAGACUGACGGGUCGAUGCAACACAACAGAUAACAGAGCAGGAAGAGGAGCUGGUAUAUUAACAGGGUAUAUUUUUCCUUUGUAAGGAAUUCAAAGAUUCUGGUUCAUAAAAACCUUAUUACAGGUUUGGAUCUGAACUUUGUGCAACUCCUGCUGGGUCACUUCUCCUAAACAUUCUGGCUGUAUGCUUCAGUUGUUUGAUUCUGAUUUACCCUGGGCUUUUUGUCUCACCCAUCAACCCAUCAGUCCCUUUGAGGGACCAGAAAUCCCUCAAAGGAAUCAGUCAUCACAUCCUGUAGAUGGCUGUGUAAGACGUAGAGUCAUCCUCGCUUCUGUCAGACUGCACCAUGGCACCAUUGCUACAAUGGAGCUCACCACCAUCAGUGUGUAGAUAUGUGUGUGUGUGUGUGUGUGUGUGUGUGUGUGUGUGUGUGUGUGUGUGUGUGUGUGUGUGUGUGUGUGUGUGUGUGUGUGUGUGUGUGUGUGUGUGUGAAUGGGUUUAUGACUCAAUGUAAUGUGAAGCGAUCUGGGAUGUUCUCCACUAGAUAAAGCUCUGUACAAGUACAGGACAUUUACCAUGUACAAAAUACAAAAAACAAAACACACCAUCCUUUAAUGCUAAGGUUUAUCACAGAAAAAUAAACUGUUGUGAUAAAAUAAAAUAACUUACAAAGUGUAAGUUACUUACAAGCAAGUGAACAGCUUCAGCUUCCUCUGAGGUUUAAGAGGAAAGCAGCCGACAGAUCACAUUAUUGAACCAUAAACUGGUUUAGCUACAACUAAAACAGCAGGAGCAUGCAGGCAAAGCAGCGCUAAGUGGGAAGGCAUCAGUACUGACCUCAGAGGAUAUUUCUGCUGCCUAAGACUCUUCUGAAAUGUGUUGCCCAGAGCACACAGGAGUGUACUUUUUAGCAACACUUUCACUUGCUACAUUGUUUCAAAAACCACUUGUUAUUAAUUGUAAUACAGCAAUAUUAUAUCUUAUAUUUUUCAGAACUCUCCAAAAAAGAGAUGUUAGGUACAAGGGGUUAAGGACGAAAGACAUUUGGCUUGUGAUGUCCCCUUUGAAGGAACUAAAAAGAGCUGGUGUGAGUGCAGCCAUAGUCUUAUCAACAAUAGAAGAAAGAAAAAACUGUAACUAUCAUUUGUUGUUUGCAUAUGGUUGCUGAGUUUAUUAUUA